CGGUUUUACUAUAAAUAGUUGAAAAAUAUUAAAGGGAAUUUUUUGAAAAGUAUUGUUUUUUUAAGUAUUGAGUUUAUUAAGAAAAAAUAGAGACGGGUUAUUAUUGGAUAUAUGAAAGAACGAGAGGGUUAAGAUUUGAAAGUAGCAAUGAAAAAUGAAUAAUUUGCAAGUGAUUGGUGGAGCAAUCAUUUGCAAAUUACUCAAUUGAGAGGUUGUUUUGCUGAGUUAAUUGUUUUGAUGUGUGGUAUUUGAUGACAAAUAACUCAUUAUUCAUAAUCGUGACAUGUGCGUUAUUUAUAUUGCAAUUAGCUCCAACUAGCUCGUUUAGUUAAAUAGUUAUUUAACGUGUGAUAUUCUAAAACAAGUAUUAGGUGGAAUGUCAAUAUACCCUUGAUAAUGUAAAAUGGAUUUUUUUUUUUUUUUACAAUAGGAGCACUUGUAUUGCAUUGAGAAUCACAGUUACAAGGAGUGGGAGAAACACAAUGAAAACAAAACAAUAAUGAACUCAAAAGUCAGAGCAAUCCAAACCAAAGCAAAAGCCAGAAAGAACUCGAAAAGAUUGAAUCCAACAGAAGAAUCCAAAACAGAAGGCUAUCAAAGUGAACCCAGAACCCCUUGCUUCCACAACAAUCAGCACAGCACAAGCAAGGUUUCAACUCGCCCGAAACCAGACAAGCCCAUGGCUAUUGAACAUUGCAACGCCAAAAGUCGCCACCUGGGGAUCGUUCAAAGACGACCCAUCACAGUGAAUCUCAUGGAAGAGAAAUCUCGGUGCGGUGAGCAGGCUGAAACCGGGAUGCUCUGAGCUGAAAGAGGCCGAAGAAGCCGGAGGCAUGGAUGACCAGGAACCGGGAAAGAGAAGAUUCUUCUUCACCAUCUCCAGAGAACCAGCGAACCACAACCCACAACACCAAAAAUGACACCAGACCCCACAACAGUCAACCGACAGGAAUCAAGCAAACCAAAGGUAGAAAGAAGGGAGGAAUAGUGAAUCUGCCCACCAAAAGAGAUGAGCACACCAACAUGGAGCAGACCCCCAAUCGCAAACCACCAUUAGAAGGUCCCCAAGCUGCAAUUUUUGGAUCCAAGGAGCAAGGCCAAACAGAUCUACGAACCAGAAAACACUGUGGAUAAAACCACUUGGAGAAAGACCACAAGGAUCUGGAAAAAGCCAACAAGGGGAGGAGAAAGGCAGUAGGACAAGCAAGAAAAUAAAAAAACAGGAAAGAAAAGAGGUUGGCCUACCGCCGGACACCCAGGGGAACCGGCGGCAGCCCUGAAUGAAAGGGGAAAAAGUGAAAAACCAAAGUUUAGAGAGAAGGGAGAGCUUCAAAUUCAAAAUAAAGUUUAGAGAGAGAGUUUUCCGGGUAAAUUUGAUUUGAGUAAUGUUGAACUCAAAACUAACCCAUAAAUGAGUAACGAGUUGGGUUAAAUCCAACCCAUUAUACAGAUUUGGUCAAUAAUUGGGGGACCUUUUUGCCGGCGGUAGUAGGCGAUGUCCACCACGUUCGUCGGUUAGCGAGUGGCAAGGGCAGGGUACGCCGGAGAAAGAUUUGGGGAAACUACUUUGGAAAAUGGUGGUACGAAUGACGGCCGCUUCAAACCUUUUCCUUCCCCCUCCGUCCCCCUCUCUCUCUAUCAAAUCCCAAAGUCAGACAAUUUUAAUAGUUUAUACCAAUGUUGUCAAAAGCGAACCAGAAUACGACUCGAUAAUGUGAACAACACAGAUUUUAGCAGUCAAGUCGACAUUAAACCGUUUAAAAAUCG